GGGGGGGUCACGUGGGCGGUCACGUGGCAGCGGCGCCGCGGCCCGGCGCCGGUGCCGGCUGCCGCCAUGCUGUCGCGGCUGCUGAAGGAGCAUCAGGCCCGGCAGAGCGAGCGCAAGGAACUGCAAGAGCGGAGGCGCAAGGAGGCCAUCGCCGCCGCCACCUGCCUGACCGAGGCGCUCGUGGAUCACCUCAACGUCGGGGUCGCCCAGGCCUACGUGAACCAGAGGAAGCUGGACCACGAGGUGAAGACGCUGCAGGUCCAGGCCGCCCAGUUCGCCAAGCAGACGGGCCAGUGGAUCACCAUGGUGGAGAACUUCAACCAGGCGCUGAAGGAGAUCGGUGACGUGGAGAACUGGGCCCGCAGCAUCGAGAUGGACAUGCGGACCAUCGCCACCGCCCUGGAGUAUGUGUACAAGGGGCAGCUGCAGCCGUCCUGCUCCUGAGCCGUGGGGUUUGGCCUCCGCCGCGUCGGCCCCGGCCGCUGGAGCUGCUCCCGCCGUCCUGCCCCGGCUCUGCUCCUGCCUGAUAACACAGCCGCAGCCUGCGCCUCACGCUCGGCCCCACUGCAUAGCCGCAGCUGCUGUCAGCCGCCUCCCAGCCAGCAUCCGCCCUGCCCCACAGUGGGGGCUCGCUGCCCCAGGGCCCCCCUGCCCUGAGCAAUGGGGACCCGGCCCAGGGUGGAAUAAAGCGGAGUGGUUGAACCGA